CUGUGUGUCUCUCUCUCUCUGUCUCUCUCUCUCUCUGUCUCUCUCUCUCUCUCUGUCUCUCUCUCUGUCUCUCUCUCUCUCUCUCGCCCCCCAGCUCCCUGUUCAGUGAGGUGAAGGACCUGUUCCUGCAGGCCGUACACGCCACCCCGGGCGAGAUCGAUGCGGAUGUGCAGUGCGGCCUGGGGGUGCUCUUCAACCUCAGCGGCGACUUCGACAAAGCAGUGGACUGUUUCAACAGCGCGCUCAGCGUGCGGCCGAACGACUACCUGCUGUGGAACAAGCUGGGAGCCACGCUGGCCAACGGUUCGCGCAGCGAGGAGGCUGUCGCAGCGUAUCACCAGGCCCUGCACCUCCACCCCGGCUUCAUCCGCUCGCGUUACAACCUCGGCAUCAGCUGUAUUAACCUGGGGGCGCACAGGGAGGCGGUGGAACAUUUCCUGGAGUCGCUGGCGAUGCAGCGCAAGGCCCGGGGCCCGGCGGGAGACGGCGGCCCCAUGUCCGACAACAUCUGGUGCUCUCUUCGAAUGGCCCUGUCCAUGCUGGGGCACAGCGAGCUGUACCAGGCCGCCGAUGCCCACGAUCUCGACACCCUGCUGCGGGCCUUCCACCUGGACCACUGACGGUGCCCGCCGGGGGGGGGGGGCGAUCGCCUGCGAGUGCGGCCCAAACCGCGCCCCCCCCCACCACCGCGCCACCGAACCAACGCCAUCGUCUCUCCCCCCCACCCCGUAC